CCACUUUCCAAUCAUGAAUGUUGACAAGACUCGAACAUUAUCGCUAUAUAGGAGCCUACUAAGGGUUGCCGGGCAAAUGCCAUCGCAAACGAGGAAAUCUUAUCUCAGAAACAGAAUAAAGGGAGAAUUCCGUAGUCCUACUAACAAAAACCUGGACAAGAGCGAAUAUGAAUUGAAUAUUCUUGCUGGCGAGACUCAAUUAGAGACUUUACAGAUACAAUGCGCCCAUCUGAAGAAGAUGCAAAGCGAAAAUAUCAUCAUCCCUGUUGACUUGGAUGCCAAGCCGUCUGGAAGUAAUAGCCGCCGACCGGGCAAUCGCUUCAUGUCUGGGCCAACACCCAGCUGGCUACGGAAAAAGGACCAAAAAUAGAAGACCAUAGAUUCAAGUUACGAUAAUAUCCAUUCUGUACAGUAGAAUAAAAUGCUAUAUCUUUGAG